CAGGGAGUAGUGGGAAGUGGAAAUUUACAGUCUGCCGCGUUGGUACCUGAGUCGUCUGUCACAGCUAGGCUGCGUCCAAUCUCCACUUUGGAUUUAAUUGUCUUUAGAAAAGGGGCGGGCCCUGCUGUCAGCUUCACUUCUUGUGACCGGUGUCGCAUAAAGGCAUUCAGUACAGAGGAAUGGUAACAGCAGAGGGAGAGGAACUCUAUACAUAGUUGCAGCCAUGAAGGAAAUCAUGGCACAAAAAGAGAAGCUUCAAUGUUUAAAAGACUUUCACAAGGACACCCUUAAACCUUCACCGGGGAAGAGCCCGGGCACGCGGGCCGAGGAUGAGGCUGAAGGCAAGGCGCCUCAGAGGGAGAAGUGGGACAGUAAGCUCGACUUUGUCCUGUCCGUGGCCGGAGGCUUUGUUGGAUUAGGAAACGUCUGGCGCUUUCCUUACCUUUGUUAUAAAAAUGGUGGAGGAGCGUUUCUCAUCCCUUACACCAUCUUCCUGUUUGGGGGCGGCCUGCCUGUGUUCUUCCUGGAGGUUGCUUUGGGCCAGUACACGUCUGAAGGAGGGAUCACCUGCUGGGCCAAGCUCUGCCCCAUCUUCACUGGUAUUGGCUAUGCCUCUGUCGUGAUUGUAUCUCUACUGAACAUCUACUACAUCGUGAUCUUGGCCUGGGGACUGUACUACCUGUUUCACAGCUUUCAGCCGGAGCUCCCCUGGGCGAAAUGCAAGCAGCCCUGGAACACAGAAUUCUGUGUGGAGGACACAGUCCGCAAGAACAAGACCUUUUGGCUAGCAGCCAACAUUACCAACUUUACCUCCCCCGUCACUGAGUUCUGGGAGCGCAACGUCCUGAGCAUCUCCUCUGGGAUUGAGGACAUCGGGGCCGUGAAGUGGGACCUGGCCCUGUGUCUCCUAGCAGUGUGGGUUAUCUGCUUCUUCUGCAUCUGGAAGGGAGUCAGGUCCACUGGGAAAGUGGUGUACAUAACCGCAACUUUCCCAUUCGUGAUGCUGAUUGUGUUGUUGGUGCGUGGAGUAACCUUGCCUGGGGCAUCUGAAGGGAUCAAAUUCUACCUUUACCCUAACCUGACCCGCCUACAAGACCCAGAGGUGUGGAUUGAUGCGGGAACCCAGAUAUUCUUCUCCUACGCCAUUUGCCUGGGAGCCAUGACGUCCCUGGGGAGCUACAACAAAUACAAAUACAACUGCUACAGGGACUGUUUGCUGCUGGGAGGCCUCAACAGCGGUACCAGUUUUGUGUCUGGCUUCGCAAUAUUUUCCGUCCUGGGCUUCAUGGCACAAGAACAAGGGGUGGACAUUGCCGAUGUGGCAGAGUCAGGUCCUGGUCUGGCCUUUAUCGCCUACCCUAAAGCUGUGUCCAUGAUGCCGAUGCCAACCCUCUGGGCCGUGCUCUUCUUUGUCAUGCUGUUGCUUCUGGGCCUCGACAGUCAGUUUGUUGAAGUAGAAGGACAGAUCACCUCCAUUGUGGAUCUAUAUCCAGCAGUCCUCAGGAAGGGUUACCGACGGGAGAUGUUUAUAGCUGCGAUGUGUUUGAUGAGCUAUCUUCUUGGACUCGCCAUGGUAACAAAAGGUGGCAUGUAUGUGUUUCAACUCUUUGACUACUAUGCAGCCAGUGGUGUGUGCCUUUUGUGGGUUGCAUUCUUCGAAUGCAUUGCUGUCGCCUGGGUUUAUGGAGUCGAUAAUUUCUACGAUGCAAUUGAAGAUAUGAUUGGCUACAGACCAAACUCAUGGAUGAAAUGGAGCUGGUCUUAUAUCACACCUGUCCUCUGCAUGGGCUGUUUUAUCUUCUCCCUGGUGAAGUAUAAGCCCUUGACCUAUAACAAGGUGUACGAGUACCCUGACUGGGCCAUCGGUAUUGGCUGGGUUUUGGCCCUGUCCUCCAUGAUCUGCAUCCCUAUGGUGAUGGUCAUCAAGAUCUUAAAUUCUGAGGGAUCCCUGAUCGAGAGGAUCAAAGCAGCAGCGGCCCCGGCAAAGUCAGGCGUGAGUUCUCGCCCGAAAGAGUACAACGUGAAGGGCAGCGAGCUGACACAGCCCCUGGACGCAAACGGGACCAAUGGCUUGAACAAGCCCACCCACACCAUUGUAGAAACAAUGAUGUGAGCGCUCUCUGUGAGAGGAAUAAGAUUGAUGUGCUUUCUGUGUUAUUAUCAUAUUUGCUAACUUUGAUAAUGGUAGGUUUACAUCAUCCAAUAUAUUCACGUUAGAGAUACUCUGAUUUGAUUUUUAUGAAGAAAGUUAUAUAUUAUUGUUAUGGGUUUUUUUUUCUCAUGUAAUUUUUUUUACUAUAUCAAUAUUGUUGAUGUUAUAAUUGUUGUUGCUGUAGCUGGCACUGAUCUCAGUUUAGGCAGUAUUUUGAGAUAGAAAAUGUUCAAUGUUUACUACCUUUCUGUUGAUUCCGGAGAAGAGAUGACGAAUUUGCUUUUAUGGUGUAGUAGAAGAAAAAUUCUCACUUCACUUAAAUUUAGUAAACUAAAUGAGUAAUUAGCCAUGUAAAGGGAAAAUACGUCUAAACACUCUCACUUUAUUGUUACUGUUUUGUAGCCCUAACUAUCUUUUUUAAUAUCUUAAUGUUCAUCCCUGCAGUGAAAAUGAAUGUACCCUUGUCUCUCAGAGUAGAAAUCCUUAACAUGUUAAAUGGCAAUAUGCACUGUAUAUAGUUAAUCUUGCUUGACAUCCUUUAAGCUACAAGUUAAACAAGGCCUUGGUCAAAUACUGUGAGAAAUGCAUUUAUGAGAAAGUCCACCUUCAAAAACAGAAACGGGAUAAAAAGCAAAAAACAGCCAAGGAAGAGGAAGUAAGGAGGAAAGGGAAGUGGCAUUUUUAGAGUAUUUGUACACAGCCUGUGUGACUACUAGUCAGUCCCAGUGCAUUUAUGGAAACCUCUCUUUGCACUUUAUAUGUCGUUUCACCUUUAUUGUAGUAUUUGUUUAUAUUGUUGCAAGCUAUUUGGAGAUGCAUUUGCAACACAUUUCAGGAGGAAUACUUUUAGCUUUUAAUUUUUUGAUAUUGUAAACUUUGAUAUACAGUAUCUAGUUGUCUCCUUGGCCUUGCUAAGACAUUGACACAUUUAGAGUAGAAAUCUGACAUCAAACAUUCUUAGCCAAAUCUGUGAGAACAAUUUUAAAAUGUCAAAACCUUUCUUUUUCUAAACAAUCCAUACAGCUUUUCCCGUUGUGCUCAUUACAGUAGCAGACGCGAUCUACAGAUCUACCACUGGAUUCUAGUUGAUAAUGUUCGAUUUAGGCAUUUGUAUCCUAGAUCUUAAAUGUUUGUAAAUCACUUAUGCCUUUUUGUAACAAUUUUAUACUGUACAUCAUUUGAACACCAUCACUGAUUAAUUAAUUUGACUGAAAACCUUCUAAAUAUUGAUUACAUUGUAAGAUUGGAUUACAUUUUUCAGUGCGCAAUAUUCAUUGAAGCAAUGGAAUUCUCUGCUUGCUCAAAAUGCACCACAGAUUUAGAGUAAUGUUCAAUAAUGCAACAUCUUGCACAGUAAAAUACAAAAUCUGAAGAAUGUGCAGGAGCCACCACAUUACCGUGCUGCUUUGUCCGUUAAAAUCUCGGAGAUUCAAGUGUACCAAAGUAUUUUUGUCUCACAGUUGUCCCCUUUUUAGAUGCACAUUGCAUCAUUUCUAUAUAGAUUAUGAAUAAACAUUUUUUUUCUUUGGA